GAAUUAAAGUUAAAUAUGGCUAUGAAUAAUAAUAUCGAUACAGUUUUAACUGAGUUAGGAUGGAAUGAUGGAUUUCGCAUACCGGUAGCAAAUGAAGAAAACAAACUAUUAGAAGAAGAAAUUGAAAAAAAAAUGAAGCUAAAAGAAAAUUUGAGCAUAAAACUUGAGUCAACAGAAGAAAGAGUUAAAAUGAUGAAAAAACAUAUUAACAAUUUGACGACGGAACAAAAUAUGAAUCAAAAACUUUUAAUUAAUCACUCGGCACAACUUAAAACCGAAGAUCAUAAUUACCGAUUAAGCUGUAAUACUGAAACAAGUCUUCGCCAAAAAGCGCGAAAUUUUCAAAAAGAAUGGAAAGAAGUAAAUGAGAUAGUAUCAAACAUUGAAAAAGAUUUAGAAAAAAUGAUGAAAAAGAUAGAAACGUCCAAAAAUGUACUAAAAUAUGAUGAAAACAAUUUAAAAGAAUGGGAGGAAAUAUUAAAAGAAAAUGAAAAUAAUAAUGAAUUAAUAGAACAAUAUAUGAAAGAAGAUUUAAAAGAAUAUAAGGAACUGGAAUUAAAAAGGCAAAAGCUUAGCAAAGAAUUACAAACGUAUAAUGAUGCGAUGAUUAAAACAUCUAACGAAGCACAAGAAAUGGAAAUUAUUCUUAAUCGAACAACUACAUUGUACGAUCAAGCAUUGGCAGAAUAUCGACAAAUGUUUAAUCAAUGGAAAGAAAGCGUAAACAUAUUACAGCAAAAAAAUGAUGAUAUUAAAAAAAUCAUUCAAGAUAUCGAAGUAUUAAAUGAUAUUUCUCAAGAUAAAAAAAAAAUACUUCAAGAAUCUGAAAAAUUUUUAAAAGAACAAAUUGCAAAUAAUAAACAAAUUCAAGAUUCAAUUACAAAAUUAGAAAAAGAAUUUGGUUCUAUGAAAGAAGAACAAAUUAAAUUGAAGGAAAUUAUUAAUACAUGUGAAAAUCAGUCUCUUAUACAAAAAAAUAUAAUGAAAGAUUUAACUCAACGUGUGGAACAAGUAAGAACUGAUGUAAAACAUAAAAAAUUGCAAAUCCAAACUAAAAAUACAAAAAUAGAUAAAGCAAAUGAACAAAUAACUGCUUUAACAACAAAAUUAGAAGAUAUUAAAAGUCAAAAAUUAAAUAUUGAAGAAAAAGCAAAAGAACUGGAGGAUAUGAUAGAGGAACAAGAGAAAAAAAAAGCUAAAAUAAUCAAAGAAAUAAAUCGAUUACAAGUUAUAAAUCUACGCGCAAUGACUCAAAUAAAAGAUUUAGAAAACGAAGAGAAAGUUUUAAAGAUGCAACUUGAAAGGGAAUUUAAAAAAUGUGACUUAUUAGAUAAAUUAUGUAUUAAAGACGAACAAAUUUUGGAAAAUAAAAAAGAAAUAUGGUACCAAGCAGAAUUUGAAAUUCGAAAAUCUGAAAUGAAAUUGAACAGAUUAAGAGGUCAUGAAUAUGAUAAGUCUAAAAGUGAGAAAAAACAAGAAAAGAUAGAAGAGCUUCAAAAUAAUUUAGAUGAAAAAACGAAUAUAUUUAAGCUAUUGCAAAAACAAAUUACAGCUUUAGAAGAUAAUAUGAGAAAAAUAUCAAACAAUUUAGCAAGUAGUAAUAGUGAAUUAGAAUCCUUAAGAGAUAAAAGACAAAAUCUUGUUCUCCUUAUGAAUGUAGGAGAAAAAGAAUUAAAAGCUGUUCAAAAUCGUUAUGAGGAAAAACAAGUAGAAGAAAGUAUGUUACGACUUAAAGUAUCUCAAAUGGAAAAAAUGAUACUUAAUAUUGGAAAUAAUGUUUAUGAUUUGGAAAAAUAUAGACUUGAAUUAGAAGCAGCAGUGCGAGAACGAAAAACAGAAAUUACAGUGCAAAAAGAAUCUCUAAAUAUUCAAAAAAGAAUUGCCGACGGUGAAUGUUCAGAAUUAAGAAAUGCUAUUGCUGAAAGAAAAAUACGAAUAAAACAAUUGCAAGCAAGAUAUGAUAAUUCUACUGCAUUGUUAGGUACUAAUCCUGAUGGUACUCCAAUGAAUACUACACAUUUAAAAAUUCAAAAUGCGCAAGAGAGAUAUCUUUUACAAGAACAAGGUGACAAAUUAGAUGAAACAAUAAGAAAAACUGAAGAAGAAAUACAAGCUAUGGAAAAUACAUUACGUGUGAUAAAUAUUUGCAAUGACAAAUAUAAAGUAACAUUAAGUACAAAUGAUCAAGAUAUAUCAGAAGUAGAAGAGCAUAAAAAAUUGGAUAAAGAAUUACAAGAUGCUGAACAAAAUUUAAAUAAAAAAAAAGAAGAAUUACAAUGUUUAACUGAAAAUAUGCAGAAAAUACAAAAUAAGUAUGUACAAAUUCUUAAGGACAUAGAAGAAAUUGAAGAAUCUAAAGAAAAUAAAACCCAAUAUUUAACUGACUUAAAGCAUCAAAUUCAUGAGCAAAAAGAAAAAAUAUCUAGAGCUGAUAAAAAUUUACAAAAUGCUAAAAAAAGUAUUCAUCGACUAUAUGAAACUACAGGAGACAAUAAUGUUCUUAUACAAGAGAAGGAGAUAGAACUACGUGAACUUCAAGAACAAAAUUCCAUUGUUUUACAAGAUAUUGCAGAAUUUACAGUCUCUCAUGUAGAAGUUGAAUCUUAUAUUAAAAAAUUAUUAGCAGCACAAAAUAUAGAAUUACCUUCUGCAAUUUUAUUUACUCAAUCUCUAUCAAAUCAUUCCCAUAGUCAUACAAAUUCAUCAGAAUGUCUACCAAAAAGUACAAAUCGUGAAAGUACUUAUGAAUCAUCUAAAGAAAUUUCUAGCAAUAAAAUUUUUAGCGGAUGGCAAAAAGUCUAUUUGCACGAGAGCUAUGAAUUGGGAUGUAAAAUGAAUUUUGGAAUUUUUCUUCCACCCCAAGUGGAAGAAGGACCUCAACCUGUUAUUUAUUGGUUAUCUGGUUUAACAUGCACAGAAGCUAAUUUUAUUCAAAAAGCAGGUGCACAAAAAUAUGCUUCUGAACAAGGUGUUAUCUUAGUUGCACCUGACACAAGUCCUCGUAAUCUUAAUAUACUUGGAGAAGAUGAUGAUUGGGAUUUUGGAACUGGUGCAGGAUUUUACAUUGAUGCAACAAAUGAACCAUGGAAAAAAAAUUAUAGAAUGUACAGUUAUAUUACUAAAGAAUUACCAGCUUUGAUUAAUGAAAAAUUUCCUGUUUUACCGUAUAAACAAUCCAUAAUGGGUCAUAGUAUGGGAGGACAUGGAGCCUUAAUAUGUGCUUUAAAAAAUCCUGGUUUAUAUAAAACUGUAUCUGCUUUUGCACCCAUAAGUAAUCCUGUUUUAUGUCCAUGGGGAAAAAAAGCUUUUACUGGUUAUUUAGGUGGAUUAGAAACUAAUGUUGAAACAUGGAAAGAUUGGGAUGCUACAGAAUUGGUUAAAAAAUACAAUGGGCCUCCUUUGGAUAUUUUAAUUGACCAGGGUAAAGAAGAUAAGUUUUUAAAAGAUGGCCAAUUAUUGCCAGAAAAUUUGUUAUCUGCUGCAAAAGAUGCUGGAUUACCAUUAGUUCUUAGAUUUCAAGAAGGUUAUGAUCAUAGCUACUUUUUUAUAUCCACAUUCAUAGAAGAUCAUAUUAAACAUCAUGUAAAAUAUCUUAAAUGUUAAUAUGUACUUAUUUUUUUAAUGUUUUUGAUAUUAAAAAAUAAAUAAAUAAUAUGAAUAAUGUAAUAAA